AUGAAUUUCCAGAAUCUAGUACUUCUUAUUUCUUUAGCUGUGUUUGCAAGAGCAUGUGGAUCAACAUCAGCAGGAGAGAAUGAUAAUACAGGUAACACUGGCGGUACAGCACCCACCUCCAACAGUACUACAAAUUCUGACGAUGAUAAAAACAAAACUGAAGAAGAUAAGAAAGAUGAUGCGAAAUCUAAAGAAUAA